AUGGUGCUUCACCAAGGUGCCGCAUACCUUCGCCUGGCUCCGGAAGCUGCUGCGGCGGCUGCUCCACAAGGCCCGGCGGCUGCUCCGCAAGGCCCAGACCUUGACGCGACAAAGCCACCGACUCACGGCGACAUCAUGAGGAAUGUGAACAGCGAGUUCAUCGUUCUCCACAACACUCGCCGUGGCCUCACAUCGGACGAACACCGCAGUAACAUCAGCACCGUCAUGCGAAGCUUGGGCCGGCCCGUGGGAGUUGUCAAGGGCGGCUGGAACAAAGAAGCGGAGCAUCGCUUGCUCGUGCUCUUGCGAAAAGCCAAGCGCAUCCGGAACAAAGUUCCAGCCCUCAUGGACGUAGCUCCAGAACCAGCACAUCAGGCCUUAGAGGACGACCCCAUCGAGGAGGACAACCCCAUCGAGGACGGUUUCGCUCUCUCGGACUACGAGCGUGUCCAGAUGGCCCUGGAUGAAGCGGUGGCUGAGAACAAUGAGUACCGGGAGGACAUCUACAACAAGGACAUCAUCAUCAAGGAGUUGGAAGAAGAGCUGCAGGUGACCAAGCGCAAACUCGCAGAGUACGAGUCGGAGGAGGAGGAGGAGGAGGAGGAGGAGGAGGAGGAGGAGGAGGCUAUGGACCAGUUCGGUGGCAAGGAGCACCAGUAUGAGGCCUUAUCCCUUCCGAAGUGCGGCUUUGUGCACACAUCUGCCAUAGAACAUCCUGUCUCAGUCAGCGAUUUUGUUGCUGACGUGUGCAGACGACCGGAUGGAUUAAAGACCUGCACCAUAGCCUUUGACAUCCACUGGAAUGUUCCUGAGUUCGGCAAUGUUGCCCGGCUGGGUGAGAUCAUUCAGGACAGCCGCUUAGAUGAGCUACCGGAAAACAUUCGCCUCAAAGGCCAGCUGCCGCACGGUUCCAAAUUGGGGCUUGUCGUCCACAAUAUGGAGGACGGCGCAAUGCACAUAGUGAAGGUGUUGUACUUUGCGGACAAGACAAACAUCCAGCAGAUCGUGCAGCUGUGCGGGGGCCAGUGCUAUGUACCAAUCUUCAAGGCUGGGCCAUGGACACUCAAGAAAGCCAUUCAGUCCCUCAUCGAUCGUCUUCCAGGAUACCACGUUCAUUGGGCUAGCAUCUCUUCCAAAGGCACUGGUUUGAAGCGUGCAGAAACAUCGCAGUGGAACCCGGAGACUGAUGAACUUCACAAAGGUGUCGCUUUCAUAAACCAGCGAGCCCCAGAUUGCGAUGCUGAGAACCAGCAGUACGUCUGGAUUCUUACGCACAUCAAGCCAGACUCCGGCUCGCCCAUAGCAGGCUGGCCGGAGUCGAAGGCCCGCAUCAUGGCACAGAACAAUGCGCGAGGGCAGGCCGGUGCAACUGCUGCCAGAUUCUUCCCGUUCACGACGCGGAGCCUCAAGCCCUUCAUGGCUGAUGUCCUCCUGCCGAUACUGUAUCCGCUUCUGCUUAACUAUGGCAUCCUCACCCUGGGUUGGCCUGGUGUUGACAAAACCCCCAUGCUCAUCGUCAUGGGUUUGGCCCUUGGUCGAUACCACAUUUGCCGCCAAGGAAUUGAUGGUGUGAAGCCGGCCUGGCGCCGCGCGAAAUCACUAGACAAUUUCCGCCAUCGUGUGGGGCAAGUUCAUGAGGCUCUGAUAUUGCACGAUCCUGAAGUUGACAAGCUCAACAUGUCCGAUAUCAAGAGUUGGAUGACUUCGGAGGAGGACGCAACUUGCAGCGGCAGGUACAAUGAUGUCAAGAUGGUUCGUAACAACAUGCGAGCCAUCGCGUCCAAUGACUUGGAAAGUGAGCGAACCACCCAACGACAAUGGCCGUCGAAAAACAUCACUUCGGAGGAGUUCUUCAAGCUUGUUAGUAAGUUCUUCGCUGGUCAUAAACGUGCCGAUGUUCUUGCUGUCCUCAAGCGCUCCGUUGUCAUGGUCUUCGGACAGCAUGCCAUGUAUCUUCGCCUGCCAAAUCAAGAUCCUGACGCCAUCGUUCAUCGCAUUAGCACCGAUGACAUCCAUUUGGAUCUGUUCAGUCCUCGCGACAAGCCGCAGUAUGCCAAGUACAAGAUCGGGAUAGAAGAGCUUCCGCCCACCUUCGCAGAAGAUGUUGCUUCGGAGCAGAAAGCUCUCCAAGACUCAAUGGCUUCGAUGGUCCAGUUCAAAAGCCCUGACCAGUACUUAGAGCAGGCAAACAAGCGCAUCGGCGACAAGAUCCCUGGCUUCCUUCGCUUGCCUGCAGGUUUUGGGGACCAGCACGUUAGCUCAGAUUCCGACACCGGACCCCCUCCCACCAUCCAUGGCACGCCCUUGACUGCCACGGCAGCCGGGCCACCCAAACGUUUGGGUACUUUCGUGUACCCGACCCCCGCCCGCAGGGUCAAGACCAAGUCCAGUCCCGCUGCUCCAAUCAACAUUGAUGAACAGGAGACUCUUGCUCAGCCGGGGGAAGAUGAUCUUGGUCAGGAGGACCCUGACGAGGUCUUCAACCCGCUGGUCGCAAAGCGCGGUAAACAGCGCCUCAUCGCCAAACGCCCCGCCAGCAAGAAGUCUAAGACCAAGGAGUACCAAUCCGUCAAGUAUGUCCGGGUGAAGAGCGCUGUUCCUGGUCGUGGACUUCGAAAAGAACAGGCUACUUGCACGCGAUCCCUUCCAGAACUCAUCAAGGCGUCGAAUGAUGACAUCGUCCACAUGCUCAUCAAGGAUAAGAUGCUGCCGGAUUGGUCCGGUAUGCAGUGUCCUAGGUGUGAGAAGGGGACGCUCUCCGACUUGAUGAAGUCCCCCCAAGGUGAGCUCAAAUACCGUUGUAGUCACAAGAAGUGUCACAUCUACAGUCCCCUCAACAUCUUCAUCCUUUCUUCACUGAUGGCCGGGGCUGCUGUUCUCUUUCUGAAGUUGCAGAACGUCUCCAAUGCUGCCGUGCAUCAGGUCAUGAACGUCAACCACAAGUUCACGGAAGACAUGGCCACUAGGUUGGCUUACUCACGCCAGGAGUAUGUCAUUGCCAAGCAGAAGGAGAUCCGACUUGGAGGUCGCAAGACAUGGGUAGACGUGGAGGGUGACGAGGCCAGCUUCGCAAAAACCGACAUCAGCAACAUCGAUGAUUCUGUGGAUUCCCAGAAGCCCGUCUUGUGGGAGCAAUGGUGCGGCUUGAUCGAGCGGGGACGACCGGAAAGCUUGAUCCUGGAGCGGUUGAAGCCACCCACUACGGAGAAGCGAGCCCCAGGACCAGGUCCCAUCCGGAAGAUUGAAUGGCAGCCUCUGGGUAAGAAGUAUCUGGAAGGACGCAACAUCAUCUUCCAUACGGAUUCGGCCCGUAGCUACAAGACACGGCUCGAGGGGGUCAAGCACGACAAUGUCGUCCAUUGUAAAAAGAGGGUGAAGGUGAACGGGAAGUGGAAGUGGCAGAUGCCUAACUAUGUCAAGGUGACGACCCACACAGUGGGCAAGAACAAGACGCUAAAGACAAAGGCUGGUACCCAAAUUCUCGAUCGCGCCUGGAGGUACAUCAAGGACCGACUUAGUCUCAACAAGAGCACCGGAGCUGGUUCCAAGCUCCUUCGCGCCCAGAUCCAAGGGGCUCAAUUCCAAUAUUGGAUGAAGAAUGAAGACCCAUGGCCCACCGGAGUGGGGCCACCCUCUGGGUGGCGAGGAGUACCUCGUGACAAAUGA